AAUAAUUAGCUUGCCACUACUUUCCUGUUUGAAAAGGAGUAGGAAGAAGUGAAUGCUUGUUUAAUCCUAUCCCUUUCUGGUAUUUAGUUAAAAGAUGUAAUUUCGGUAAUAUUUAUACGGCUUAGUCUAAUUUAAUGUCAGACCGUGAGAAAAAUCGUUGACUGUGACUCAGAUGAGACAGAAAACAGAUGUUCUGCGCAUGGUAAAUUAAUUGUGCCUUAUGUUGUUCGCCAUAAACACAUUAUGAACAAUGCAAAAAUAUCUAAACAUGGAUGACAUGAAGGACAUCUAUAUUAGUUGACCUAAUAUAGAUGUCCAGGUGGGGCUGGAACUCACCAAAUCCUCACUUUUUUUUAUCUACAGCUGUAGUCCACAUAAAACACAUAUUUUUAUUUGUUUGUAAAUUAUAACAGAUUUGGAACAUUAUAGAACAAUAUCCCUUUUUAGAUUAAAGAACAUUAUCUUGUGUCUUUCUAACCUGGACUUCAGAAUACAAACCACUAGGUGGCACUCUGGUGCCAAUAUAGAGUUUGUUACGUAGAACAGCGCCUACCGUUGGAAUCGACGCAGGUUGCGGUUUAAACCGAUAACAUUUCGUUUAUCUCCAUAGAAACCAGAGGGGGAAUCGGCGAACGAAUGCGUUGCUGGGUGCCAACCGGGCCCUCUCGUUGAGGCGACACUUUGCUCCUACAAGUCUGUUCUAGGUGCGGUAGCUCUGUGUGCGCCUUCCCAUCGGGUGCACUGUGUAAUUAUCAACCCCACGCAGCUCCUUCACUCAGAGGCUGCUCGUUCACGGAAACUGCAGGCGUACGUCGUCCGGGGCGUCUUUCUGUAGUUUGAAGGGCAUGUUAGCAGGCUGCAGUUGUAACCUAUGCAUGUCCUCGGUUAGACACACGGCUUUGGGAGAUGUAGCCUGCCUGGUGAUAAACCUGUGGUCAGCAUCGCUUUAAGCCCACCUACCUACCUGCGCCUCCUCCCCACCAAUCCACCGACUGAGGAAGGAAAGAAGGAAGGAAAGGGCGAGAGUGAAGAGAUGCCGAUGGUGACUCGGAGGUGGCAGCACAGGAAAGUUCACUGUGUUUCUCUGUAACAGGGAGUGAGUCUUAUAAAUUUUCCACCCAGACCUCGGACUGAACGACCCGUACCUGCACACAGGGUGUACCCAGCAGAACUGCCGCGGACCUUCGCACAGAAGAACCCGAACAGAAAUGGACCAACAUAACUUGAGGCAAAGCAAGAGACAAAAAGAGGGCCCAAGAAGCAGAGCAGAGGCUUCAGCCCCAGCUUCAGCUCCAGCUCAAGCUGCAGCCUCAGAUGGAGCCAACGAUCCCACCACCAGUCAGUCUCCGGUUCCCUCCAGGCCUCCGCGGCCCCAGAGAAGUCCCAGGAUUGAGGGAUCUGUAGAUAUUUCAGAACCCACAGUGGAAAACAAAACUGAGCCCAAAACCGAACCCAGAGUUGAGCCCAAAGCCAAACCCAGAGCUGAACCCAAAACCAAACCGAAAACCGAACCAAGAGUUGAACCCAAAACCGAACCCAAAACCGAACCCAGAGUUGAGCCCAAAACCGAACCCAGAGUUGAGCCCAAAACCGAACCCAGAGUUGAACCCAAAGCCGAACCCAAAGCCGAACCCAAAGCCGAACCCAAAGCCGAACCCAAAACCGAACCCAAAACCGAACCCAAAACCGAACCCGCUCCACAAACUAACCAGAACGAGACCACUCCUGACGACAGUGUGGUGAGCCAGCCUGAAACCUCUACCCAGACCGAAGAGCACACCGGGCCGAGUGUCAGGGCGGGUCCUAAAGGUCCGGUCAGAGCUGCAUCCGUGCCCCAACCACCUCCCAGCAGACCUGUGUCCUCUCAUCUGAACCCGCAUGCGCAGAGAGCCCUGUCCUUGGUGGGCACCGCUGACACCCUGCCUCAGAUUCAGGAUGAGUUCAGGGUGCACAUCAUCACCUGGAACGUGGGCUCUGCCACGCCACCUGAUGACAUCACCACUCUGCUUGGACUGAACGUGGGAGACGGAAACACAGACAUGUACAUCAUAGGGCUGCAGGAGGUGAACUCCAUGAUUAACAAAAGGCUGAAAGACGUCCUCUUCACAGACCAGUGGAGCGAGGCCUGCAUGGAGAGUCUGAGCCCCUUUGGUUAUGUGCUGGUAACAUCCGAGCGAAUGCAGGGCCUGAUACUGCUGGUCUUUGCCAAAUACUUCCAUCUGCCUUUCCUUCGUGGAGUCCAGACAGAGACCACCCGCACAGGACUGGGGGGUUAUUGGGGGAAUAAAGGUGGCAUUAGCGCCCGCAUGACCGUGUUUGGCCACAGCGUCUGCUUCCUCAACUGCCACCUGCCUGCUCACAUAGAAAACCAUGAAGACCGUAUGUACGACUUCGAGAGCAUCUUGCAGCAGCAGCAGUUUGAUAGCCAGGGGGCCACUGGUGUUCUGGAUCACGAUAUUGUGUUCUGGUUUGGGGAUCUUAAUUUCCGCAUUGAAAAAAUGGAUAUCCAAGCUGUGAAAUCAGCGAUCGAGAACAACAAGUACUCCAUGUUGUGGGAGAAUGAUCAGCUAAACAUGACCAAAGACAGUGAGACCGUGUUGGAGGGAUUCCAGGAGGGGCCGCUGAGAUUUCCUCCCACCUACAAGUUUGACGUUGGAACAAACACGUACGAUACAAGUGGGAAGAAGCGUAAACCAGCUUGGACUGACCGGAUCUUGUGGCGCCUGAGGGCCACAGCACCAGCUGCUCAGAACGUGGCAAAGCGUGUUUCGGUUUCGGGGUUGGCCAGCGGGAUCAGAGUAACGCAGCACUUCUACCGAAGCCACAUGGAGUACUUAGUCAGCGACCACAAGCCGGUGUCGUCCAUCUUUACCCUGGAGUUUCCAUACAGGGCAGACGUUCCUCUGGUCACUCUCAUAGUGGAGGAUGAGUGGAAGAGUUAUGAUGAUGCAAAGGUGAUAUUCAAACUGAUGCCCAGCUAUUCUCGAAGUGCUUGGGACUGGAUUGGAUUGUACAAGGUGGGUUUCAAGCACCAUAAAGAUUACGUGGGAUACAUGUGGGCUAGGAAUGAGGGGGCAAAUCUCUACAGCCAGGAACAUCAGUUACAGUUUUCAGAGGAGGAAUUACCCAAAUUCUCAGGGGAUUUUAUCUUGGGUUACUAUAGCAACAACAUGAGCACCAUUGUGGGUGUAACAGAGCCAUUUCAGAUCCAGCUGCCCGCUGAGAGCGAUUCAGGCAGCUCUUCAGACAGCUCUGACGUCAGCUCAGAAAACGACAGCACUGUUGUCAUGAAGUUGAUGACCCGCAGUCCAAGUUUACGGCGCAAACACCGCAGUCGCAGCCGCAGCCGUGGCCGCAGCCAAAGCAGCAGCCAAAGCCGCAGCCGUAGUUUUAGCGGCGGUCGUUCCGGGAGUAUCGCUAGCAACCUUUUGAGCAGCCUCUCUGGCAACUUUUUCAGCAACGUCCCUAGCAGCCCCCCCAGCACCCGCCCUACCAGCCGCUGUGGCACCCCCGCUAGCAGCCGCCCCAGCACCCCUACAGAGCUCAGGGUGAUGGAGGUCAGUCUCGCUGAUGGCACCGCUGCAGGGAGCGAGAAUACGGGACGCCCAGCAGAGGGCAGCCAGAGUCAAGGGGCAACAGACAAAAACAAGGAGUGUUCAGGAAUGUGAUGCAACAAAAGCCCCGGUGUUUUUACAGGUUACAUAACCAACUGUUGUGUCUUUAUUUCAUACAUUCACAGCUCUGUAUGUUUUCUGUGAGGAAAAUAUACAGUUUAUAAUGCCAUCCUUUUCAGAAAUAGUCAUCUGGUUGGUUACAAUGUUUCUACUUGCCGUUGAGUUGUGCACUUGGCAUAUUGUGUUUUUUGUUUGUUUGUUUGUUUGUUUUUUGUAUAUCUUUCACUCUGUCCGGAGUUUUCUCUACCUUUGUCCGUUCUCAGGUGUGGACAGUACAGGGACUGACAACUUGCAUUUAGAUUUUCUCACAGAUUCACAGUUAUAAAGUGACACACACUCCAUCAUCACUUUUCACAACAAUAUUUGAUCUGCCAAGUCGUUGGGUCAGUAUAGUUCAAAU